CCGAGGUCGUUGGCGAAUUGUCUGAUGCUUGAGACUUUGAUAAUGUCAAACAAUAACUUGAGUGAUGUCUUCCCCAUUUGGUUAGGGACUCUUCCGGAGUUUAAAACUUUUGGCAAUGCGGCAUAAUGGGUUCCAUGGAGUGAUAGGAAAGCCUAAAAACAAUCAACGAUUCCCAAAGUUGCGUCUAUUGGAUAUGUCGUAUAACAAUUUCACUGGCCAGUUUCUAGCUGAGUACAUCUUCACUGAGUAUGCCAUGAGACCAAAUGUAACGGUCAGCCAGACAACAUACAUAGACGCUGACAUCAGCUACGAAUCUGGUAAUGGUGACAUCACUCUGUCUUAUGCUUCCACUAUUACAAUAACUAGUAAAGGGGUGGACAGAUACUAUUCAAAGAUUCAAGAAGCCUUUGCAGUCAUUGAUAUCUCAAGCAACAAAUUUGAAGGGAAGAUUGAUGAAUGGAUUGGGAAUCUAAAAGGGCUUAUUUCACUCAAUAUUUCCAAUAAUCUUCUCACUGGUGGAAUCCCAUCAUUUUUAGGGAACUUUUUUUUUGACUUUGUCAAGGGGAAUCCAAAGGCUUCCUAGACCCAAGAUAAACCCCUUCGGCG